CAGGAAGAGAGAGCUAAACAGCUCACUAUCAUCUGCCUGCUUCGUGCACAGAUCUCCUGAAAUAUCGUUGGUUAGAGUGCAGAUGGACACUUCAACAAUGGAUUAUGAAGAUUUCCUGGAACUUCUCAACAGCACGUUGGAGGAUAACGAAACCAUCAGUGUCAACUUUGUAAAACUUUGCCACAAAAAAGAAGUCAAUCAGUUUGGUUCACAGUUCCUACCAACCUUCUACUACUGCAUGUUCCUGUUCAGCCUGCUGGGCAAUGUGCUGGUAUUGUAUAUCAUGCGUCGCUACGAGAAGCUCAACACCGUGACAAACACUUUCCUCCUGAACCUUGUUGUCUCUGACCUGGUGUUCACCUUCAGUCUCCCAUUUUGGGCCGCAUACCAUUCCUCGCAAUGGAUCUUUGGCAGGCUGCUGUGCAAGCUGGUGGGCGGUUUGUACUUUGUGGGUUUCUACAGCUCCAUCCUGUUCCUGACCCUUAUGACCUUUGACAGGUACCUGGCUGUUGUCCAUGCGGUUGUUGCCUCCAGAAAGAGGAAGAAAACCUAUGCACUCGUCUCUUUGGCUGUUGUGUGGUGUGUAAGCAUCCUUGCCACAUUCAAAGAGUUCCUUUUGUUCGAUGUGCGCAACAGUGCGAACUAUGGAACGCUUUGUGAAGAGUCACACACCUCCAAUGAAUUGCUAGCCAAAUGGCAGGUUGCAGGUGAUUAUCAACAGUUUUUCCUCUUUUUCCUGUUUCCUCUCACUGUUGUCCUGUACUGUUACAUUAGAAUUGCUGUGAGGAUCUUAUCUUUGAGAAUGACAAAGAAGUUUAGGGUUGUAAAAAUUAUAUUUGUCAUAGUAGCAACAUUCUUCAUUUGCUGGUCACCUUACAAUGUCGUGAUUAUCUUAAAAGCUCUCAAAACAGGGACUAACAGUGAUCUUUGUGAGGACAGCCUUGACUAUGCUCUCUAUAUUACGCGAAAUCUGAGCUACCUUUACUUCUGUAUUAACCCCAUUUUCUACACCUUUGUGGGAAAAAAGUUCCGCAACCAUUUUCAAAAAAUUUUGGCAGAAAACAUUUUGUGCAUCAAUAAUCCCUUUUCAGCAAGCCAAAGCAGCAAGACAAGUUCUCAGAAAAAUCCAGAGUCUGUAUAUGAAUAG